CAGCAGGGGGCGCAACAACCACGACAUAACUCCAUCAGUGAAAAUCAAAUAUGGCCGACAGCAAGUAAUGGGUGGCGAAAGUUAGCAAAAAGCGUUAGUAAAAGCUGCUAAUCUCUCAGUCUGCGCUGCAGGUAUUCGAUGUAUGCUGUGCACUUUAACUUUUUUACUGUAUUUGUAUACUUCCCACGCAUGAAUUGGAGGUACAGGUUGAGGUUGUUCGUUAAUGAAGGCCUUACUGAACCUGUACUAGCCCGCAGUGUUAGCCACACUAGCAGCCGGACAAGCGUCUGCUUUUGUUUUUGUCAGGGGUAAUGCGAGAACUGACGUUGCGAAUAUAUUUUUAGCCCUUUUCUACUUUGUCUGACUUGGAUUUUUUUGAACUGGACUCUAUUCGUUUAGCCCGACUCCGGAGCUUUUUAUAUCGCCUUGCGGGUGGGGUCUACUCCGAAUUGCGGCGCGUUGGUGGUGCAGUAAAAGGCCAACUUCGCAACAAAGCCAUACUUUUCACACAUAACGCGCUUUGAGCCACUGGACUUUGGCUGUUCCUGAGCAUAACACCCAGGAAGCAUGGAUUCAAAGCGGGCACCCGGCAAACCUCAGACAAGCGGCGGUAGCAGCGACGACUCCAGCCCGGCGUCACCUUCCAGCCCCGCACCGACAGCAAGCAAAGCCCCUGUACCGGGCGGAAACAUGUUCGCUAACGACGGCAGCUUUAUGGAGAUGUUCAAGAAGAAGAUGGAGGAUGAGAGGAGGAAAAGGGAGAUGCAGCAAACAGGUGGAGAGGCGAGAGCCACCGAGCAAGGACAGACAUCAGUGGAAAAGAAGCCCCCUCCCGUGACGAGCUUUGUAAGGGGUUUGGCAGUUGUGGGGAAGCGCAGAGGCGGUGUGUUCCUAAAGACCGGCGUGGUUGCAAAGAAGCAGAAAAACGACACCGAAGCUGAGCCAGGCAAGAGCGAUGCCUGGUCAAAGUACAUGGCCGAGGUCAAAAAGUACAAAGCCCACCAGUGUGGCGACGACGAUAAAACCAGGCCUCUGGUCAAGUAGCUUCCUUGAGGCGAAUACGAAGCGACAGUGUUUUGAGUGGGAAACCGUCUGGGAGAAGCUCCGAGAGGGACUGGCACCUUCUCAUACUGCCAGUUCAGAUUACCCUUCAGUCUUUGACAAAGUGCUUAGAUUGGCAGACCUUUCUCCCUUUUUGUAUUGUUUGUGUCUUGCUUGUUAUUUGUUGGACUCUGGUAAUUUGAUCUGGUGUCAAAAGAUGUUUCUGAAACAUACAUCACUGAUCAUUAUUGUUGUUAAGUAUUUUCACAUUUCUCAUGUCUGGGUUAAGUUAGGGUUUAUUCAUAUUUGAGUUUGAUUUAAUAGCCAAAUCAAGGUGUCAAUUAAAUCUACACUGCCCAUUAA